AUGACGCGGCGGAAUCUGCAAAAUGUCGUCGUGUUUAGCAUCUUGCUACAGCUUCAGAGCGUUUCGAGAGUAGCAGCUCAGACUACAGACUCGCUCGGCUAUCCAGAUCCGCGGUACUCGACGACGCAGAGCUUGACAGCGUUCUCAUGCACUGGCGGCGCUCGGAACUGCCCCAACGGCGGUCAAUACGCUUCUGCUGGAGGCAACCUCACCUUGACUAUCGUGGAAAUGCGCAACUUACCUGAUCUCGACAGCUUUGGAUUAGCUGGUCUCGAGACUGAUGCCUACGUUGAGGCUCUAAUCGGCGACAACGUCCGCACGUCGGGCGUGGUGUGGAACUCGUUGAACCCCAAGUGGCCGCCCUGUACUGAGGCUGGAUGCGCCGGGGAAGAUGACCUCGUACGGGACCUGAACUUUGGUUUCCGACCAGCCGGAACGGAGAUCAUCGUUCGCGUUUGGGAUAAAGACAGCGGCUUUGAGUUUGGCGACGACCUCGUGGCUCAAGUCACGCUCAAUGCCAUUUACUGCUCGGCUUUCUCCGCGUUGAAGCAAAAGCUACCGUCGAACGAUACCUCGACGUGGGCACUAGCCGAGCAACCCAUGUGUGUCGAGGAGCUUUGGAUCCCUUUGACUGAAAGCGGAGACUGCACGGAUGCCAAGACAUCUGCACCGUGUAUGCGUAUCCGUAUGACUGCUGUUCCGUUCCAGAUGAGAACAGAGGAAGUGUUCGUGUCGGGUGCCUUGGUUAACGGAGGAAUGGGUGGUUAUUUCCCAGAUGAGGAGUCUUGGCUCUACGGUAGAGUGUAUUCGAGUUCGGACACGAGACUAUUAAGUUACUACCGAAUGGCAGAUUCGCAAGGCGGACUACUGAUCCGUUCGUCGAGUACUUCGAACAACAAUAAAGGCAACACGUCGUUGAUCAGUACGUAUGGUUAUGCGCCGUACUCACGCGUGACAUUCAACUUCGCAGCUCAGCUCUUCGUGUUCCGGCGUGUGGAUGAUGAGGCUUCGUCGCCGGAGUGGCUUAACACGACGUUUGGUUGGGUCGAGACGCGUGAAUACGCUCAAUUGAUGAACGUCGCCGGUGAUUUUAAGGCUGUAGCGCAGAAUUUCACUCCGCAUGCUAUUAACAAGUACGGCGACGCUGAAGGGCGAGGAGUUAUCACGGGUGCCAACGUGGCUCUCAAUUACACGGACACGACGCUGAGUAUGUACUUCAUUGUGGCUGUCCCGCAUGAAACCUUGGACGUCGUACCUGCUGUCUACUCGAAGGAGUUCUCACGAGGGAUAUUUCUCGAGAUAACAGUCCAAUACGGACCCACCUUCGCGUUCUUGAUGAUUCUCGUCGUGCGAUAUCUGCGACGUAUGCAUUGGCGUGUUGAGCGUGUGCAGUCCUUCCUGGCCGAGAAAGUGGCAAACCCGAGCGGACAGCUAUCAGCUGCAGCAGGUGUCCAACCAAAGGUGAAGGAGAAGAACAACACAGCGAAAGGGAAAGAGAAAAUAGUGAAGAAGACCAAAGUCAAGAAGCCCGACAUAGUAGCUCAGCUCUUCUUCUGCUACGGCGAUGGAGAAAACAAUGCGCAGUUUCGACGCAACUUGUGCUAUGCAACCUGGGCGGUGAAUAUUGUGAUCGCUUCACCUGUAUUGAUGCUGUUAUCGUGGGGAGUGACGUCUAUUGUACUGGUGACACCGCCGGCGUUCGGCUUUGGAAUUGUUUUUCUGGGUAUUGGAGCGUUAGGAGGAAUCUAUGCUGCUUCUGUGUGGGUACGUACGGGCUGGCGAAUGACGAGACGAACGCUGUAUCUCUUUGCAGUGGCGUUCUUUGGUGCCUUCGUGUUCCUCUUCUCUGCUACAUUUGCAGAUCCGAAAGUGUACGUUGGUGGCGAAGACUUGGACUUCUUCUCGCUCUCGUGCAUUUUCCUCACUCUCAACAUGAUGCCGAUCAUCUGGCUUGCUUUCACUAAUGACUCGAAGCUCUCUAAGUCUCUUAAACAAGUCAUCGCUGUUGUAGGUGCUUCAAAGAAGGUCACCACACUCAAAAGCAAGUUCAAAAACCUCGGUACGCUUGGACUAAAACUUGCCACUGCAAAAAGUGACCACCAGGUUGUAGACCCUGAAGAAUCAAAGACAAAACGGAAGCGGAAGGAAUCGCCUUUCGCUGCGAUCCUAGGCGAUCACUAUACGGUGGAGCAGUCUCUACCAGGCUUGGAGUACGCAGACAUCCUCAAAAGUGUGUUCGUGACGCCUGCGUCGACACGAAGGCGUGUGAAUCGCCGAUGCUACUGGUCUGUGUUGGCGACACUGGUAGUGUAUUGUAUCGUGGCCAGUGCGUGGACUGAAUACGGCACUCAAGCUGUCGGGAUCUCCAUAACACUGGUACUAGUGGACCUGUGCGUGUACAUGUUGCAUCGAGGCAAGAGCGCCAACAACUGGUCCGCCGGAUACGUGGUGUUUCUACUGAGCUCCGUACGGGUCUGUCUUGCAGUCACUUGUGGCAGGUACUGGAUCCUAGGCCACGCCUUCCUGUACAUGGUGUUUGGCACUGCUCUGUGUCGAGAAAUCAUCGGUAGAAACCUGCCACGCAUGAACAAACAAGAGGCCGGAGGCGUCACGUUCUUCGGCCACGACCCGCAAAAGGAACGUCAACACCAAUUGGAUGUGGGCACGACACCCGAGUUUGUGCUCGGGUUCUUGUCGUUCUUCUACCUCUUUUUGUUACUCGGCGUUGCCUUCGGUUCCGAUGCGAACCAGACCGUUCAGGUGCCUGUCUUGGGUCAGGAGUGGCCGCUGUGGAUCUUUGGAGUACUAGCGUUCAUUGUCGUGCUCUUCGUUGGUCUCUCGCUUGCUACUUCAAGAGCAUUCUUCCUUCAAAAGGAGCAGCUCUUGUCGGACUACGCCAUGCACGUGUAUCUAUUCGUCCAGCCAUUGCGAUUGCCGUUCAUGUUGGCUGCUGCGUCGGAAGUGCUCGUUAUCUGCUCGGGCUUGUUCGUGUACGCAUCGACACAAUCAACAUUCAUCCUCGUCUCGUCGUUCUUCGCGCCACUCAUACUCAUGUUGUCACUGGCGGUGAAUGUGCAAUGGAAAAAGAACGACUAUCGUCUCGUAGUUUGGCCUCCCGAAGACGACGAAGAAGACGUGCUAGAUGACGACGAUGACGGCGGGUUCUUGGACGCAGAAGCAGCUUUGGAGAAGGAAGCUGAACUCAUGCGCGAGAACUUUGUCUUGCCUCCUCUGAAAGGCAAAGGGAACAACCACGUCUUCGAUAGUGCCGACGAGACGUUCAAGAUGCCCAAUUUGCCGUCAAAAAGUUUACUCGGACUCGUUGGAGGUAAAGCUGCUGGCGUUAUGAGUCCAACGAAAAAACUAGGCCUCGCACUACCGGGAAAAAGCAAACCAACACCUGACAAGCCCCCCAACUCGAAGACACAGGUAGGGGUCCCUGCUGUAACUGAAACUGGAGCAAACAAUACGGCACUUGCCAUCAAGCCUGCGAAGCCGUCCCGUUGUGCAUGGUUGAGAGAUCUUAUGACUGGGAAGAUCAGUUGCCGUGCAUUCUUCUCGCGUAAAACGUGGUCGAAAAAGUACCGAGAAGAAAAUAAUCACUCUCCAGCGGGCAAGCCGCUUCUCAAUCGUAAUGGAGUUGCUAAUACUGCCCAAGACGAUGACGACGAGGAAGGUGCACGCCCGCUACUUGAUGACAAUGCCGCCAAUAAUGCCGUCUUGGCUCGUCGGAAAACGAUGGCACAGGGUGGAGAUGGCGACAUUGACUUUGCAAAGAUGACGUUGUAUCAGGCUUACCAGCAGGGGUUCCUGCUACCACAAGAUCACAUGACUAUCGGAUGCUUUAUUGCGUUGCUGUUCCUGAUCAUGCUGUAUGGGAUGAUCCUCACUGCUACGGAGAAUCCGUCCUGGUUAGGACAGGUGAUCUGGACUGGAGCUUAUAUACUGAUCUUCACGCUAUCCCCAACGAUCAAGUUCUUCAAGACGGCUACUUUCACGCCUGACAUGAAAUACUGCUUCGGCGGGAGUGCUGUGCUAGCUUGGAUCACUGGAUUCAUAUUAUUCUUUGCGGUACUUAAAGCCGACGUGAACCAGGUGGAAUCUCUCGUCAUCCUCUCGAUUCUGAUGUUCUACCCGAUCUUCUUGCUGUUCGCAGUCACACUAGGUCGCUGGCAGGACGAGAACUGGGUCAUCACUCGUCUAAUUCGACGUAUUGGUGGAGUCUGCAUGGUCGCCAUCGUGCUCUGGGUUUUCGAGAUGUACGUGUUCGUGAGUGUCGCCUUUGGCGGCGUCUUGACCUUCCUGCUGGCUUUAUUCCUUUUCAUCACGUACUAUGUGGUCAAAUGGGUCGAGAACGACCGAUAUCUCGCCCCAGUGUACCAACGACAAGCCAGUUUCAUCGUCCUUUGUGCCACUGUUGCUGCUAUCAUCGCAGCUCUGGCAUUAGGAAUGAGUUUCUUCUCGUGUCUCUCGAUCGUCUUUGUGGUUCUUUUGCUCAAAUACUCACUACAGUUUGUUGCUGGCUGGAUCGUGGCAAAGAGUUCGGCCGAUGAGUCGGUCUUCUACUCUCCAUAUCUCUUCCCUGUCUUCUCCUACAAUGCAUUUACCAACAACGUCGUGGACGAGACGCACAACGUGCUUCCCCUUUACAUGGUCUUCCUGUUGGUUUUCUUGUGGGGCGUCGCUGGUGUCAUGUUCUUUGAUCCUCUCGGCUUUGGUAUCGGUCUGUGUAGCCUCGUGUUGUUAGCUUUCGCUGGUGUCACUGCACAUUUGUGUGCUGUCACACCUGUACAAAUGGGUAUCGCCGCAAAAUACGUCAACGAAAUGAUCCUCAAAGACGCCAGUGAAGCGGCUCAAGCUGUUGCAAACCGUCGUAGUCAGCCAUUUACUCUCGAGUCGCCCGAGUUCGUGGAGCAAGAGCGUCGAGAAAAGAAAGCGGAGCUCGAAUUCCAAGCCAUUGCGUAUGGCGGCGGUGCUGCUUCAGCGUUUGCGAGUCGAAAGAAAGGUACUAAAGCAGUAGAUAUCAAAGUCGAGGAAGAAAUAGUGAAAGUCGAGCCAAGACUUACAUGUGGGGAUAUCGCGCUUGAUAUCGAGGACGUAGAUCGCCAAUGUCGAUACAUCACUACUACACACGGUCUCGAAGUAUGUCGACCUGAUGGACUUUUGUCUUGGAAAGAAGUCAAGCAGGAUAUUUUCCAGCGUGGUGUAGGACCUUUCGGCUUCUUGUAUGCGUUUACAGUUCCUCCUCGAGUAUUCCGCUUCUUACGAUGGAAAUAUUUCCCUGCUACGCUCAAGUGGAGAAGGAAGGCGAAAAGUGAUACACAAGCCGAUAGGCAAGCCGACACUCUUGAACGUGGUGACUGCCGGAUUGAUACAACACCAGCAGAUCCUUCGCGAGAUCUGGUGGAGUUACUGUUGCGACUACCUGAGCUGGACGCUGCGUUAGACCGCGCAUUCUACGAAGAAACUCGAUGCGUGAUUCACUUGCAGUUGUUGAUGUUAACAGCGUCGGAUGCGCGAUUGAGUCGAGAGAAGAUCAUGUUCCAGAAGUUUUUACGGGAGAACCGCUUCAAGCUCAUGUCUAAUGGUAUCAGUCCUCCAGCAAAUGUCUUCCGUACGAGUUCCUUUGCGUCGAUUGAUAUCCCGUUAGUAGCUGUGUGGCUACUAUCGCUCACUCCAGAAUCUCGUGCCAGAUUCCAUGCUCUCAAAGCAGCAUUCAACGAGGAAAUGGAGCGCACGGACGCCAUUGUCGAUGCCGAAGAUCGUGCUGCCCUUGUCGCUCAGAAGGAGCUACAAGAACACUGGGCGCCACGCGAAGCUGAACAGUGUCGUCAGCGUAUGCAGGAGUUUCUGGCUCGGCGGCUACGUCGUGAAAGCGAAGGUAUACUUACUGAGGAAGAAGAUAGCAAACCAGGGUACGAUGAGGGUCUCGUUAACGCAAAAGAAGCGCUGCUGGAGAUCGAGUCGGGCUACUCGUGCGUUCCAGGAGAGUAUGGUAGGUCUCUACAGUUCGUAGAUCGAGAAUUUCCACCAGAUACGACGUCACUCACUGGAUGUUCGCACGAAUCUGAGGUUGCACCACAGUGGAAAGUAUCGUCAGCUAUCAACAUUGCGUCAGGAUUAUUUGAUGGAGGCACAGACCCCGAUGAUGUUCGUGUAGGUCGUCUGGACGAUGCCUGGUUGUUGAGUGCGUUGAGUAUUAUGGCAGCAUCAGGUGGUGUAGACGAUGGCAAAGUGGAUGAGCUUAUCGAUCGGUUGUUCGUGACCAAGCAGACUUCGCUCACUGGAGCGUACGCUCUGCGUCUCUAUCAGAAUUGUCAAUGGGAGACGGUCGUCGUUGACGACUAUUUCCCAGUGCUCUACGACUCGGCUGGAGAUGAAGCCGAACUUUCGGUUAGUGCUGGCGCUGCAUUCGCUCACAGUCGCGACUUUGAAGAGCUGUGGGUACCGCUGGUUGAGAAAGCGUUUGCGAAAUACUACGGUGGGUAUGCAGCGCUAGAACGUGGCUACGUGCACCACGCACUUCGAGUUCUAUCGGGCUGUGAGUGCGAGGAAGUUUUCUUGGCUCCGGCAGCUAGAGGUGCACUGAAAAAGACGCUGUGGCAGCAGUUGAAGUUGUUCCGCAAGAACCAGUUCCUGUUGGGCGCAGCUUCACUGCCCAGUGAGCACGCAGACCCAGCUCUGCGUGCAUCCGGCUUGGUGUUCGACGCCUGCUACGUGAUCUACGACGUGCGCGAUGUGGACGGCGCGCAGCUCUUGAAACUGCGAAACCCGCCAGGCGAUCACGAGGAAUGGAAAGGCGACUGGAGCGAUAGUUCGCGUCUUUGGACUCGUCGUCUGCGCAAGCGUCUGGGUGUGCGGAAGGGAGAGGACACUGGAGAGGAUAACACCUUCUGGAUGAGCUUCGACGACUUUUGUCACGCCUUCCGAGCGCUCUACGUGUGUCGUUACUACGAUCCCGACAAAUGGACCGUCAAGACAUUGGACGCACGCUUCUCACGCGAAGAUGCCACCUCCAGUGGACUCCCGACAAGGCACAACCCUGGAUGUACUGGACUGGACAACAACCCGCACUUUUCGCUGCGCGUAUCGCGUCCGACGGAGGUUAUCGUGACGGUCACGCAGGUGGACUCUCGUGGCAUGGCACCAGUGGCUGUGCUGCCUAUUGCUGUGUAUAUUGUGGCUCAUCAAGACCAAAAAGACCGAGCACGACGUGUUACUGCUCUCAAUCAGGACAACGUCACAGUGCACAGCGGCGUGCCGGCUCGCAACCGCGAAGUUCGAAUACAAUGCGAGCUGGCAGCUCGUACGUACACGUUGUUAGUGGCUGCCUACGUGAGCGGCAUGGAGGGUCCGUUCCGUCUUCAUGUGCAGAGCAAUUAUCCCGUGGAGCUCCAACAAAUUUGGCCUGCAGCGUGGAAGACUGGUAAUGGCACAAUGACCCCCGUGCCUCAUGGAACUCUGGUCGAAAGGAUGGCCGAGAAGAUGAAGCACACCGUGACCGAGUCAGCCGCUGGAACGAAGAUCAUGGCCAAGACACACGAGCUCGCUGAUAAAAUUGCAGCCGGUGCAGCUAUCGUAGACAACGUCAUGCGAGACGAAGAAAGCAUUUUGGAGGAGCAACUUGCCAAGCAACAGCAGGAAGAAGCGGACGAGGCCGAGAAAAAAGAGACCCGUCUGACCGGUAAGAAGAAGAAGAAGACGGACCCAGACGCCCCGCAAUCCAACCCGUGGAUAGAGCAGUGGGAUGAAGGUGCUGGCAAGCCCUUUUACUUUAACAAACAGACCGGCAUGUCGUCCUGGGAGAAACCCGACGAUUUCUAGGGAAUGGAAUGCGGAUAAUUUCCGAGCAUGGAAAUAUAAUACCGGUAAUACAGUUUUAACAUGGGU